UUAAUACCAGGUGAGGCUUCUGCCUCAGAUAUUAAUCAUCAGAAACGUGAAACCAUUAUACACAAAGUUCAUUCACAUACGAUUUCCAGUCUUCAUCUACAACCCAAUGUUAUUCUGCAAUCUCCUUACUAGGUCAGAUUAAAGUGCAUAUGCCCAUAAACAGACAGGGCUUGUGUUUACAUAUUACUCAUGCUUUCAUGACACACCCUCUUCCUCUCUCCCUCCCUCCCGUCAGUUAUACUGUAUAAAACAGGGAACAGUUGUAGUGUUCAGUACUUCUGGAGUCAGGAUGGAGUCUGUGCUGAGAUAUCUGGACUGCACCUCUGUGUGCUUGGCCCUGGUGGUCGGUCUUCUCUCUCUGUUCGUGCUGGAGAUCUUCAGGAUGAACUCUUCCAGGAACCAGAGCCCUCCCGGACCCAAACCUCUGCCGUUUUUGGGCAACCUGCCUCAAUUCAUAAAGGAUCCGAUGACUUACAUCAGAUCGAUGCCGAAAUAUGGCGAGCUGUGUUCCAUGUACUUGGGAAGGAAUCCAACGAUUGUGCUGAAUACCAUGCAGAUUGCGAAGGAAGCUUUUGUUCAGAAUGGGGCAGUGUUUUCUGGAAGACCAUCCAUGCCUUUAACACGCUGGCUUAACAAAGGAUAUGGUAUUGUGAUGGCCCCUUACAGUAAUUCUUGGAGACAACAGCGCCGGUUUGCUCUGCACACUCUGCGUGAUUUUGGACUGGGGAAGAAAACCGUAGAGAAGCGUGUGGCUGAAGAAGCACGAUACCUCAUCAAGGAGAUGCUAAAAGAAGAAGGGAAGCCUUUCUACCCCAGCCACCCCAUCAUGAACGCAGUCUCCAACAUCAUCUGCUCCAUCAUCUUUGGAGACCGCUUUGAUUAUGGCGACAAGCGCUUCGCUAAGCUGCUGGACAUUCUGAAUGACAACGUUCGACUUGUAGGAUCACCUUUAGCACAGAUUUUCAACUUGCUCCCCUUUAUGAAACACUUCCCAGGGCCACACCAGAAGGUGUGGGAAAAUGAUGUCGCCUUAAAAGAGUUCAUUUUUGAAGUGGUGGAGGAGCACAGGAAGACUCUGGAUCAAGAGAACCUCCGGGACUUCAUUGACGCCUACCUGGUUGAGAUGAUGAAGCAAGAGUCGAAUGAAGAUUCUACGUUCCACAAGGAAAACAUGUUGAGGUCGAUCACUGACCUGUUUGGUGCUGGGACAGAGACUACAGCGAACACUCUUAGAUGGGGCCUCAUUUACAUGAUGGACAACCCUGAUGUGCAAGAGCGCUGUCAUGAGGAGAGAGUGCUGGGUUUUGACCGUUUUCCCUCCACAAAUGAUCGUUCACAUCUCCCGUACACUUACGCCACUGUUCACGAGAUCCAGCGUAAUGCUAACAUUGCUCCUCUCGGCGUGAUGCACACAACAACACAACCAACACAGCUACAGGGAUUUCACAUCCCCGCGGGAACAGAUAUUGUGCCCAACCUAACAGCCAUCUUGAACGACCAAGAGCACUGGAAGUACCCAGAUAUGUUCAACCCAGAGAACUUUCUGGAUGAGAAAGGACAGUUCUGCAAAAAUGACUCCUUCCUGGCCUUUUCUUUGGGUCCAAGGGUGUGUCUGGGUGAGACUCUGGCCAGGACAGAGCUCUUUAUCUUCUUCACCUCUCUGCUUCAGCAGCUGAGGUUCUCAUGGCCUCCUGGAGCUUCGUCACCAAACAAGCGUGGCACUGCAGGCAUUGUCCGCACUACUCUACCCUUCAAUACAAUCUGCCGUAGCAGACCUGCUGAUUCAUCAUCAUCCCUGAAAGACUUGAUUCAGUUCUCUUCAACAUGUCUAAUCUUUCUCAACAAAUGUGGACUGGAUUAUUCCAGGACUGCUCUGGGAUACAUGCAGAAAAAAUUAUUUUCCAUUUGACUUUUUGAAAUUGUCAUUAAAUUUGUUAAGUUCGCAAUAACAUUGUUUUGCCUGUGGUGUUGACU